AUGUCACUGAUUGAUGGACCAAGGCGACACACACACGGCCCGCCAUGGAGACUGUCUCAGAAGCGUAUCAAAUUUCACGUGAUUGCUCUGCAGGAGAACAAUGGCGGAAGGAGAGGUGUACGACUGAAGAAUGACGGUACACUCGUCAUUCGUGGAGAGAAAGUUCCGUCCGAGAAAGCGAAACGUAGGCGGUGCUGGUUUUGCUGUGCACCCAUCUGUCGUCUUGUCGAUUCUCACGAGAUCCUGUCACCUCUUCUGGCCAUUCCUCGCCCUCUGCGCCAAAAACCCAUCAGUAUCAUCAACUGCUACUCACCAACAUCAACAGCUGAUGAAUCCGAAUUGGACGCGUUUUAUGAGGAGCUGGAGGAAGUGAUCCGCAACGAGAAGUCCUUCUACAAAUUUGUUGUCGGAGACUUCAACGCAAAACUAGGAAAGGCCACAGAAGAGGAAUACAGGAUUGGAAGAUUUAAACUAGGGGACAAGAAUGAAAAUGGCAAUCGUCUCGCUGGGCUGUUGUCCGUCGCUCGCCUCUUUCAUGGGAACUCUCUUCUCAUAAAGAAAGAUUAUUAUCGGUGGACACGGGAAUCGCCCAAUGGCGCGACUCGUGCGGAGAACGACCACAUACUCACCAACCGAAGGUGGUGUCUACUUGACAUCUCAGUAGUGCCACCUUUUGUAUUGGAUUCCUUGUCCCAAGGUGACUGGCACAUUGAGCAGGAACUAAACGAGGACUACGAGAUGCUGCUCAGAGGAUUACGAGCCUGUGUUGAGCAUGCCUCGAAGCCGCGCACGACAAACUCGGAUUUCGAAGACCACCAAGGAGUUGUUGGAAAGAAGAAGACUUUGAGGCUUGAUCCAAAUGCAUCGCACAUUUAG